AUGGGCUUACUUCUCGGGCCUCUCGUAGAGAACAUCUUCGUGGGCAAGCUGGAUAAAUGUCAACUCAGCCAGCAGAUCCCUGUUUUCAAACACUACGGUCGAUAUUUCGAUGACAUCUUCGCCAUCAUUCCAGCAGAAUAUGGUGUAAAUGCGUUUCUAAAUACUGCUAAGCAAGCACACAUCUCCAUUAAGUGCAACUUGGAGGUGGAGACGACAGGUGCGCUUCCCUUCUUCCAUGACCUUCCAUGA